GCGUCCGUGCGCCCACGCCGUCUCGGAGGGGUCCCAAGCAUCAUGGCGGAGCAGGAGGUCUCGUCGCAGGCUGCACGGACCCCACAGGCUAGCGCUCCCUCCGUCGCCGCCGUGUCUGCAGUAACAGCUACGCCGGUAGCAGGGGGAGGUGGAACUGGAGGGAGCAGCAGCGAUCCGGUCCGCCCGGGAUUAAGCCAGCAACAGCGAGCGAGCCAGCGAAAGGCGCAUGCGCGGAGCUUCCCGCGGGCAAAAAAGCUGGAAAAGCUUGGGGUAUUUUCAGCCUGCAAGGCUAAUGACUCUUGCAAAUGCAAUGGCUGGAAGAACCCAAACCCUCCCACAGCCCCCCGUAUGGAUCUGCAGCAGACGGUCACCAACCUCAGCGAGCCCUGCCGUAGUUGUGGGCACACACUAGCUGACCAUGUGUCUCACCUGGAGAAUGUCUCUGAGGAAGAGAUCAAUCGGCUUCUGGGGAUGGUGGUGGAUGUGGAGAACCUCUUCAUGUCGGUGCACAAGGAAGAGGACACAGACACCAAGCAAGUUUAUUUCUACCUGUUUAAGCUUCUGAGGAAAUGCAUCCUACAGAUGAGCCGCCCAGUUGUUGAGGGCUCCCUCGGAAGCCCCCCUUUUGAAAAACCAAACAUUGAACAGGGCGUCUUAAACUUUGUCCAGUACAAAUUUAGUCACCUGCCCCCCAAGGAGCGACAGACCAUGUUUGAGCUCUCCAAGAUGUUCCUUCUGUGCCUAAACUACUGGAAGCUGGAAACACCAUCCCAGUUCCGCCAGCGCUCGCAAAAUGAUGACGUGGCGACGUACAAGGUCAACUACACCCGGUGGCUGUGCUAUUGCCACGUCCCCCAGAGCUGCGACAGCCUCCCACGCUACGAAACCACCCAGGUCUUUGGGCGCAACCUCCUCAAGUCCACUUUCACGGUGACUCGCCGGCAGCUGCUGGAGAAGUUCCGCGUGGAGAAAGACAAGCUUGUCCCAGAGAAGCGGACCCUCAUCCUCACCCACUUCCCCAAGUUUCUGUCAAUGCUCGAGGAAGAAAUAUAUGGGGAGAGCUCCCCAAUAUGGGAAGCCGACUUCACUAUGCCAGCGACGGAAGGAGCCCCGCUUGUUCCUCGGCCAGCUAUCAGCACUGUUCCUGCAACCAGCACACCACUCUUCAGCAAAUCUCUGAGCUGCAGCUCCUCCUUGGCUUCUAUUAACCUGGAUGGUAGCUCACUGGAUUCUGUGCCAGGUGAAAAGAGGAAGCUUCCAGAGAGCUUGACGCUUGAGGAUGCCAAGCGGAUCCGUGUGCUGGGCGACAUCCCGAUGGAGCUUGUCAAUGAAGUGAUGUUGACUAUCACAGAUCCAGCAGCCAUGCUGGGGCCUGAGACCAGUCUGCUCUCAGCCAAUGCAGCCCGGGAUGAGACGGCCCGCCUAGAGGAGCGCCGUGGUAUCAUCGAAUUCCACGUCAUCGGCAACUCCCUGUCGCAGAAAUCAAACAAGAAGAUUCUCAUGUGGCUGGUUGGGCUGCAGAAUGUUUUUUCACACCAGCUGCCUCGAAUGCCCAAGGAGUAUAUCACCCGCCUGGUUUUUGAUCCCAAACACAAGACUCUGGCGCUGAUCAAGGAUGGCCGAGUGAUUGGAGGCAUCUGCUUUCGAAUGUUCCCGACACAGGGGUUCACGGAGAUUGUCUUCUGUGCUGUGACAUCCAAUGAGCAAGUCAAGGGCUAUGGGACCCACCUGAUGAAUCACCUGAAAGAAUACCACAUCAAACACAGCAUCCUCUACUUCCUCACCUAUGCUGAUGAAUAUGCCAUUGGCUACUUCAAGAAGCAGGGCUUCUCCAAAGACAUCAAAGUCCCCAAGAGCCGGUACCUUGGCUAUAUCAAGGAUUACGAGGGGGCCACCUUGAUGGAGUGUGAACUGAAUCCCCGGAUUCCCUACACGGAGCUCUCGCAUAUCAUCAAGAAGCAGAAGGAGAUUAUCAAGAAAUUGAUAGAGAGGAAGCAAGCCCAGAUCCGCAAAGUCUACCCUGGCCUCACUUGCUUCAAGGAAGGUGUUCGCCACAUCCCUAUCGAAAGCAUACCAGGCAUCCGGGAGACAGGAUGGAAGCCCUUGGGAAAGGAGAAAGGGAAGGAGCUCAAGGAUCCAGACCAGUUGUACACAACCUUGAAAAACCUCCUAGCACAGAUCAAGACCCAUCCCAGCGCCUGGCCGUUCAUGGAACCAGUGAAGAAAUCUGAGGCCCCUGACUACUAUGAGAUUAUCCGUUUCCCCAUCGACCUCAAGACGAUGACAGAACGGCUCAAGAACCGCUACUAUGUCACCAAGAAGCUGUUCAUUGCCGACUUGCAGCGCAUCAUCACCAACUGCCGCGAAUACAACCCGCCUGAGAGCGAUUACUGCAAGUGCGCCAACACUCUGGAGAAGUUCUUCUACUUCAAGCUGAAGGAAGGGGGGCUCAUUGACAAGUAGGAGCAGCUGCCGGCCACGUGGGCCUCUUUCACUUCCGUCCUUCCAUCUUGUUGAAACUCUCUUCUGGCUUGUGAACAGCUGGACAUUUCUCUGCUGCCUUUUGCCGUGUCUCACGCACAGACCAGAUGUGGGGUUGGCAGGACAUAAGAGGCUUCCUUUUGUGUGAUGGGGGUGGUGGAGGGGAUGGCUGCACAGAUAGCAUCUCUGCUGCACGCCUCUCUACCCCUUAACGGACUUGGAACUGCUAUCAGCCCUCUUAAAUUCCUGAGCCUCAUCACUCCAUCCAUUGGAUCUUCCUUUACGGAAGAAAGUAACGUGGGAGUAGUCUGGGAGAUUACCCAGGAAAGAUUAUGAAUCAUCAUGUUUUGCAUCUGAAGAUGUAAUGAGGGCACAUGUUUAAACCCUCUCCCCACCCCCCCACCCCAUUUUCCUUCUAUGUCUGUGGGUUUUCUUUACUUCCACAUUUUGGGAGAGUUUUCACCUGCUUGCACUCCAUCCUUGUUUUAAGAUUUAGCCAUUUCUUCUUGACAUGUGAAUGUAGAAAAAGAGCACUUGAGUGAAAGAGGAACAGGGUUUGUUUGUUUCCAGAGGACCGGGAGGGUGGGGACUUUAUUACAAACUCAGCAACAGAGAGUUUUUCCUGGCUCUUUCCCAAGAGCCUUUGAUGGGCUUAUACCUGAAUCCCCUUUCUUCCCCCCCCCCUUUUUGGGGUGGGUGGGCAGUUCACAGCUCUUUGCUGGCCCACUAUUUGAAUGCAGAUGGCCUUUCCUGCAGAGGAAAGAAAUCGUUUGAGCCUCAGGCUAAAUUACAUCUGGUUGCAGGAGGCAGGCAAGCCAACAGUGGGUAGGAAGGAAGGGAAGAUAACCCCCCUUGCUCUUUUUCCCUCCUCACUGGGCUAUUCACGUGCCAGCUUUUGUCCACUCCAAAUCUACAAACAGCCUGACACCAGAUUGGAACAUUACAAUCUCCGACAUAAUGGCUCAGAUUUCGGACCAGAGUUGGCAGGUUUGUGCCCCCUUCCCACCCUGCCGGACACCCUGCCUGGCUGUAUGUUCUUCUCUACAACUUCUGAUCCAUUCCUGAAUAUUUUCCCCUCUGCACUUACUGGACACCCCACCCCCAAAAUUUGGUCAGCAGCAUUUAGUCAGCUGCAACUGAGUUUGAUCAAUUCCGCACUUGCAACUUUUGCGCACAGAAGUCAAGAUUAGCCAAGCUGGUCCUUUCAUCUUUGGUGGUGAAAGCAAUCAGGCAUACAGCUCUGACUGUUUAAGUGGUGUCAGUGAUUGUAUCCCUAUCUUACCACCAAGUCCUCAACAUGCACUUAUCUGUGAGUGUUUGCCGUACUGAUUAUUUCUCAUGCCUUGAUUUAGACAGGUAUGUGAAGGCUUCCUUCCCCCCCCCCAUAUAGGGGCAGUCACUUUUACUAUUACCCAGGCACUUUAAAAUGGCCAUGCUGUCUGAUGACUUACGGUUAAUUGCCAAGCUGAUAUAGAUCCAUACACCCCAGCCACUCUCCUGAAAUUCCUGUAAUUUUUGUAGUGGUUAAUAUUUGCUCCACCACGUGGUAUAACAAAGGUAUAGCCCGAUUGUUUUCCUGUUGAAAAACCAACGGCUUGUAGCAGUUUUUCUCUCUUGCAUUACAUGGGAGUAAAUUUAUAAGAACAUUAACUCCCUAAGCCAGUGAUGGGAACCUGUGACCCUCCACACUUCUUUGGACUUUUAAUAUCCAUCAGCCCCAGCCGGCACAGCCAAAAGUCAGGAAUGAUGGGAGUUACAGUUGAACAACACCUGGAGAGCCUCUUCAUCCCUUCGCUAAGAAUCACAAGUCUUUGUAGCAAGAAUUUCUGGGACCUUGUGAUGAGAAAAAUGAAUGUGUGAAACAGCUAGAUGGUAAUGGCAUUUUAUUGGUAGCUUGUAUUAAACGGGGUAUGUGAAAUACCCACCCACUCCUUUUUUCUUUCUAGCGCAGGUGUGGGGAACCUUUGGCCCUCUAGAUGUUACUGAACUACAACUCCCAUCCACCCUGGCCAUUGGCCGUGCUUGCUGUGGUUGUUGGGAGUUGUAGUUCAGCAACAUCUGGAGGGCCAAAGGCUCCCCACACCUGAUCUAUCAGCUUGGGCAAAUGAGUGCCAGGAACUGAAGAGCUUCUUGCUCCUUUUCCCUUGAUUCCAGAAAGCCAGUUUGGUAGGUAUGAGGGGAUGGGAAAGGAGGGUUGGUAGGUUUGGGGGUGGGGAGAAACAGGCAGGCACUCAGCUGUCCAACCCGCUCAUAGAUGGUCUGUCCAGGUGGAACAUGUUGGCUUGUGUGCGUUGUUGUGUGAAACAGCAUACAUUACGUUGGAGUUAAGUUGAGCAAGAAACUUCUUCAGAGCAUGUUAAGAGUCUUUAUUGAAAGACAUUAAGGCCAGAGGCUUAAGAGUAAAUACAUGUAGAGAUUCUUCAGUCACCCCCCCUUCUGGUACAUCUCUCUCCAUAGAUAAACACAAAAGACAGCCUCUCAGCUCAGAGGCAUAAUUCAGAAGAGCAACAACUCACAUAGACUCUGUUACAACUUUCCCAGCUGUUAUCAGAUGGCUACCAUAGCAACGGCCCUGGCCGUCCGUUCCCAGACAGGACAUAGACAUACCUCCCCCUUAACCACAGUUACGUCUUCACACUUGCAGGCUUCAUGGAAAACUACUAGAGACAGUAAUGUCUACUGGUCACCAGCCCAACAGAACAUGCUGUGUUUUAAGUACUUGCUGUAGAAAUCAUUAUUUGAUUUGGGGCUGCAUGUGUCUGCUUAACACCUUGCAAGGACUAUCCAAUGCAAAAUGUAACAGCCUGUUGCUUCUCAGCCAUCUGUCAGCUCUUGUCAAUGCUGAGCAUUUUGCCUCCACUGCAAAGCCAGAAUAAAGUUGCUGUGGGAAGUAGGUCAGACACUUUUGUCCACUUCAGCCCAGUCUUUUCUUCCAACCUUGUGCAUGCUCAUCCUCUCAUUCCCUUUCCUCUCAAUUACAAGGGAGUUCUUUAUGCCUUCAAGAAACCUUACAAAAGGUGAGCGGAGAGAGGAAGGGAAGCAUUUGAGUGACGAUCCACUUGCCUUUUCUUAAGUGACGGUUGCCUUACGUCCACCACAUUUGUGUGCUUAACCUGUACAAUUGCAGGGCCUGACUGUACCACUCUGGGCCUUUCAAUAAUGUUGCCAUUCCAUUUUUUAAUACAUAAAGGGAAAAAUAAUAAUAAAUGAUAU